CUGUAUGACUCUAACAAGUUCUGACUUCUGAACACACGGAGACACUGAAAAUGGAAUUGAGUGAGUUGAGAAAAGCGGUGGAAGAGGUGGAGCUGGUGGACGCUCAUGCUCACAACAUAGUUUCUCUCGAUUCCAACUUUGCUUUUAUCCAUGCCUUCUCUGAAGCCUAUGGUGAUGCUGUUACUUUCUCACCACACACUCUAUCUUUCAAGAGAAAUUUAAGAGAAAUUGCUGAGCUGUAUGGAUCCGAGCUAUCUUUGCAAGGUGUUGAAGAACACCGUAGAGUAUCUGGAAUGCAAUCCAUCUGCUCAACAUGCUUCAAAGCUGCAAGAAUCUCUGCCAUACUUAUUGAUGAUGGCUUACAAUUGGACAAAAAGCAUGAUAUAGAAUGGCAUAGGAGUUUUACACCUCUUGUUGGUAGAAUCUUAAGAAUUGAACGGUUGGCUGAGGAAAUCCUUGAUGAGGACUUGCCUGAUGGAUCUUCUUGGACAGUGGAUUCAUUUACUAAAGCAUUUGUCUCAAAGUUAAAAUCAGUUUCUGGUGAGAUCUUUGGAUUGAAAAGCAUAGCUGCAUACCGCAGUGGCCUAGAAAUCAAUACUAAUGUGACUAAAAAGGAUGCUGAGGAGGGGCUGAGGCAGGUGUUGAUUGCUGGGAAGCCUGUCCGUAUUGCAAACAAAAAUCUUAUUGACUACAUCUUCUUACAAAGUUUGGAAGUUGCUCAAUCCUAUGACUUGCCAAUGCAGAUACACACAGGCUUUGGGGAUAAAGAUUUGGACAUGCGACUGUCCAAUCCUCUUCAUCUACGUGCAGUUCUUGAGGACAAGAGAUAUUUGAAGUCUCGGAUUGUUCUUUUACAUGCAUCCUAUCCAUUCUCAAGGGAAGCGUCAUAUCUAGCAUCUGUUUACUCACAGGUCUACCUUGAUUUUGGACUGGCAAUUCCAAAGUUGAGUGUACAUGGGAUGAUUUCUUCAAUGAAAGAGCUAUUGGAGCUGGCUCCAAUAAAUAAGGUGAUGUUCAGUACUGAUGGCUAUGCAUUUCCUGAAACAUUUUACUUAGGUGCGAAGAAGUCUCGCGAAGUUGUUUUCUCUGUCCUACGUGAUGCAUGCAUUGAUGGUGAUCUCUCAAUUCCUGAGGCUGUGGAAGUUGCAAAGGACAUCUUUGCUCGAAAUGCAAUCCACUUCUACAAGAUUAGUUCAGCUAUUGGUGUUGUUAGUUCACAUAGUAAUUUGCCCCAAAAGCUGAAUGAUGGCUUAGACAUUGAUUUGUCACUUGUUCGUAUCUUGUGGGUUGAUGGUUCAGGACAGCAUAGAUGUCGUGCGGUUCCUAAAAAACGUUUCAAUGAUAUUGUUGCAAAGAAUGGGGUUGGCUUAGCAUUUGCGACUUUGGGAUUCUCUUCUUAUAUGGAUGGACCUGCAGACGGGUCUGGUCUAACUGCAGUUGGUGAAACAAGAUUAAUGCCUGAUUUGUCUACUCUAACAAGAAUUCCAUGGAACAAGCAAGAUGAAAUGGUUUUAGCUGAUAUGUGUGUUAAACCUGGUGAAGCUUGGGAAUAUUGCCCAAGAGACGCCUUAAGAAGAGCUUCUAAAAUUCUGAAAGAUGAAUUUGACUUGGAAAUGAAUGCAGGAUUUGAGAAUGAAUUUAUCCUCUUAAAGAGCAUAACAAGGGAAGGUAAAGAGGAAUGGAUACCAUUUGACUCGAGUCCAUACUGCUCUUCAUCGGCAUUUGAUGCUGCUUCCCCCAUACUUCAUGAAGUUGCUGCUUCUCUUCAUUCCUUGGGCAUUUCAGUAGAACAGUUACAUGCUGAGGCUGGAAAAGGUCAAUUUGAGCUGGUUUUGAAAUAUACCGUUUGUACUAAAGCUGCAGACAACUUAACUUUCACCCGUGAAGUUGUCAGGGCAAUUGCUAGAAAGCAUGGCUUGCUGGCAACCUUUAUUCCAAAGUACGCAUUAGAUGAUUUGGGUUCUGGAUCCCAUGUUCACCUUAGCUUGUCGCGAAAUGGCCAAAAUGUAUAUAUGGCAUCUGAUAGAUCAUCUAAGCAUGGAAUAUCAACUUUGGGAAAGGAAUUUAUGGCUGGAAUUCUACAUCAUCUACCUUCAAUUUUGGCAUUUAUAGCACCACUCCCUAACAGUUAUGAUCGAUUACAACCCAACACAUGGAGUGGUGCAUACCUUUUCUGGGGAAACGAAAAUAAGGAGGCUCCAUUGCGAGCUACGUCUCCACCUGGAACUCCUGAUGGUCUAGUGAGCAACUUUGAGAUGAAAUCAUUUGAUGGUUCUGCCAAUCCAUACUUGGGCUUAGCUGCCAUACUUGCUGCUGGCAUUGAUGGACUUCGUAGGAAGCUUUCUCUUCCUGAACCUGUUGAUACAAAUCCAAAUCCGGAAACCCUUCAGAGAUUGCCAGCAUCACUUUCUGAAUCUUUGGAUGCUCUCAAUAAGGAUGACUUCCUUAAGGAAUUUAUGAGUGAUAAGUUGCUAACUACCAUAAAAGCAAUCAGAAAGGCUGAAAUUGAUCAUUACACGAAGCACAAGGAUGCAUACAAGCAACUCAUACACCGUUAUUGAGCUAGUUGUUUUUUGUUCCUGUGCAAGACUGUUCAGAGCAUAGUUUAGAUUCUGGUGAAGGUGAAUUCUUCGCAUUGAACAUUUGUCGUUGCUUGCAUUUACACUUGAGCUUUAUGGUUCAGGGUAAAAACAGUAAUGGCCAUAUCUGUAUUUUUAUCUAUUAUGUAUCUUAUUGUUCUAGAAAGAUAUGAACUAAUUUAUCCAAUGUCCAUUGCUCAACUUCAUCUUUAAAUUA